CACAAACUCUCAGUCCAGACUCCGCAAGGAUAAAAUGAUAGAGAACAAAGAAACAAAAGAAGAAGAUGGAUUGAUGAUGGAAAAACACAUUUUACUACAAAAAAUAAAAAAAAGAUAAAAAAAAUUUAAACAAUCUCUUCGGAAACCCCACCAAAUGGAUUUGCAAAUCAAUAAGCAAACCAACAAGAAGAAGAAGAAGAAGAAGAACAGUUCGGAUGAAUCCCAGCAGCAGCACCUGCAACAUCAAAAACAGUCGGCAACUCCUCCCUUUGUGGUCCCUUUUGAUGGCACCCGAUCUUCAGCUCCUUCUUCCAGUAACCCUUUUAAUAUGAGCUCCGUUUCUCAACUCCAUCAUCAUCUUCUUCGUUCCACCACCACCACCACAACUCCGCCUCUAGCGUCGUCUUAUUCUUCUUCUUCCACCACUGCAACGAACCCACCAUCUCAUCUUGUUGACGCCUCUCUCGCUAUUGCUACCAGAUCUACUUCAUGUACGACGGAAACCACGACGACUGCAGCUAACCCUCCGGCGAAACGCUCCAUCAAGGACAGACACACCAAAGUCGAUGGUCGAGGCCGCCGUAUCAGAAUGCCAGCUACUUGUGCGGCUAGGGUUUUCCAACUCACGAGGGAAUUAGGUCAUAAAUCCGACGGGGAAACAAUCGAGUGGCUUUUACAACAAGCUGAACCGGCGAUAAUAGCAGCCACCGGAACUGGUACCAUACCAGCCAAUUUUUCGACUCUUAAUAUUUCUUUAAGAAGCAGUGGUUCCACGCUUUCAGCUCCGCCUUCAAAAUCUGCUCCUCACUCCUUCCAUGGCGCUUUAGCUUUGGCUUCUCAUCACCACCCUUAUGAAGGAGGGUUCGCUCAUAGCUCUUUGUUGGGUUUUCACCAUCAGGAGCAGCAACAACAACAGCAUCUUUUAACGGCAGAUCAAAUAGAUGAAGCUUUACCUGGAGGCGGCGGUGGAGAUGGUGGGAAUUUAAGCGAGAAUUAUUUGAGAAAACGUUUCAGAGAGGAUUUGUUCAAGGAUGAAAAUCAGCAGCAAGGCGAAACUGGCGGAGAUGACAGCGGAUGUGGUGGCAGCAGAGAUGAUUCUGCCAUUAAGGCUUUUAAUCCACCACCGCCGCCAUUACAACAAGAUGCUGAAUCUUCAAGUCUACUUCGACCAUCGAAUAUACUUCCUGCUACUGCCAUGUGGGCAGUAGCACCAGCACCGAGCAGUGUUUCCGGAAGUACAUUUUGGAUGUUACCAAUGACCACUGCUGGUGCCGUUGGUCCAUCAAUGGUUUCGGCUGCAUCCGGGGCUGAUCCAUCCGAUCAGCCCCAUCAGCCCCAGAUGUGGUCGUUUGGAACAUCAAGUGGGACCACAAUGCAAGCACCAUUACAUUUUCUCCCAAGACUUAAUCUUCCAGGUAACAUUGAAUUCCAAGGUAGUAGAGGUAGUCCUUUACAAUUGGGUUCAAUGUUAAUGCAGCAACAACAACCACCACCCCAUUACCUCGGUUUAGGUAUGUCCGACACUAAUUUAGGCAUGUUGGCCGCUCUUAAUGCCUACUCUAGAGGUGGUCCGAACAUUAACUCGGACCAAAAUAAUCCACUCGAACAUCAUCAUCAACAUCAACAACAACAGCACCGGCCUCAAGGUACAAAUAGUGGAGAUGAGCAAGACCCUAAUAAUUCUCAAUGAUUGAAUGCCUUGGAUUUAUUUCUUUUCCCCUGGAGGAACUGAAUAAGUGAAGUAUGUGAUGAACAGAUUGCUCGGUUAGUAUUGUUUGUUCUUUUUGAUUUUGGUUUAUGAGGUUCGAGUUUGUAAUUUAUGUUUGUGGUCCGAAGGGGGGCCCAUAGGGAACAGUAACGAGAGAAUAAGAGCUGUUUUUGUAUAGGAGGAUAUUUGUUUUGUGUUUAUUAUUACAAGGGUUUUUACUAUUUGAUUUG